AUGUUUAUCAGAGACACCCUCCGACACAUCAACAUGUUCAUAAGAAUCACCUUCCGACAUACCAACAUGUUUAUCAGAGACACCCUCCGACACACCAACAUGUUUAUUAGAGACACCCUCCGACACACCAACAAGUUUAUCAGAGACACCCUCCGACACACCAACAAGUUUAUCAGAGACACCCUCCGACACACCAACAUGUUUAUCAGAGACACCCUCCGCCACACCAACAUGUUUAUCGGAGACACCCUCCGACACACCAACAUGUUCAUCAGAGACACCCUCCGACACACCAACAUGUUUAUCGGAGACACCCUCCGACACGUCAACAUGUUUAUCGGAGAUCCCUUUUCAUUGGAUUCCAGUGGAGUUCUCUAUAGAAAAGCGGUCUAA